ACAGAAUCCCUUGUAUUCGUCCUCAAAACUUUGAUAUCGGUUUCCACUGUGUGGACUUAGUGUUUUUAGUGUUCAGUGCAUGUUUUAAAGUGAUAAUCGUCGUCGGCCCCGUCGUUUUUCCCUGUUCACGCCGGUAUGGAGGCCGGAUGGGCCCGGAUGGGAAGCCGAUUUUUUUGGUAUCGGUCAGAAUCGUUUUUUGCUAGCUGAGCAAAUUAUUGGUUAUUUUUCUUCUUUGUACGUGGUGGUCAUUUACCAGAAGCGAAAAUCCUCGACGGAAGUCGGCAAUGGGCGAAUGAUCCUAGCAGUCGAGCCCAACAUUUUUUUGUGAAACGCAUACUUGAACUUGAACUUGAACAUCACAAUCCUGGUAGUCGUGCCCAACAGUUUUCUGUCAAACGCAUCAUUGAAUUGAAUUGAAUUGAAGUACAUCAUAAAUAAAACAAAUAAAAUUUGUAUCACGCUUUAAGCAAAAUGGAGACGACUAUUCAAAUAAAAAAACAUUCAAAGUUUGCUGGAGAUAAAGAUUUGGAAAAGCUCUCUAGAGAAGAACUAAUUCAGAAAAUUCAGGUUCUACAAGCACAUAAUCUACAAUUGCAAAAUAUAUUGGCAAAAGGUAAACCUACAGUCAAAUUGGAGGAAAGGAAAUUUCAUAAACCUUUUGAUUUCUCAAAGUGUAAUUUUAGGCAUAUUUUAUUGAGAAUAUUGUACCUUGGUUGGGAUUAUCAAGGUUUCACGGUACAGGAAGAUACAACAAAUACUAUAGAAUAUCACCUGUUUGAAGCCCUUAUUAAAACAUGUCUGAUUCAAAAUAGAGAGUCAUCCAAUUAUCACAGAAGCGGCAGAACUGAUAAAGGGGUCAGUUCAUUUGGGCAGGUUGUAUCAAUCAAAGUGAGAAGCAGAUUGUCCAAAGGGGAUGAAAAUAACCUGGAUAAUGAAAUUGAUUAUUGCAAAAUUUUGAACAGAGUUUUGCCUGUAAAUAUACAGUGCAUAGCAUGGUCUGCGACAGAUCAAUCUUUCAGUUCUCGAUUUGACUGCAAAAGCAGAACUUACAAAUAUUAUUUUCCAAAGGGCAACUUAGAUAUUGAGAAAAUGAGAAUAGCCUGUAAAGAUUUCGUUGGUACCCAUGAUUUUAGAAAUUUUUGUAAAAUGGAUGUUGGCAAUGGCGUUAUAAAAUUUGUAAGAAAUGUUUUGGAUUUUAGGAUAGAACCCUUUAUUAAUACUGAUAGUGAAGAUGAAUAUUCACUUUAUGUUGCAAUUAUAAGCGGCAAUGCUUUUUUGUGGCACCAAAUUAGAUACAUGAUGGGCAUAUUAUUUUUAAUUGGUGGUGAUAAAGAGUCAUUUUCUCUUGUGAAGGAAUUAUUGGAUGUUGAACAAAAUCCAAGUAAGCCCGAGUACACCAUGGCUAAUGAAGUUCCUUUAAAUUUAUUCUUAUGUGAAUAUGACAGCAUUCACUGGAUUUAUAAAGAAAACAAUUUGAAAUGUAUAAUAGAAAAACUAAACAGGACUUGGUUAUUUCAUACCAUAAAAGGGAACAUGGUGAAAGACAUGAUAAGUAAUCUAAAUGACUAUUUUCCCAAGGAAUCCCCUCAGAAUUUAAGUCAGCACUUGUUGAGUGGAGUAAAGGUUAAAAAAUACAUUCCAGUACUAAAAAGGCAACGAUGUGACAGCCUAGAAACUAAAAUAAAACACUAUUCGAAAAGGAAUCGGAUUGAGAUCAUACAAAAUUGAUUUUAUUUUUUGUAAGUUAUAUGCUAUUUAAAUAAAUGGUUUUUAUAUUG